AUGAAACUUGAAAGUUUUUUGAUCGUUUUAUUCUUUAAUUGGAUGUUAUGGACAUUUGUCAAAACUAUUCCCAUUCGAAAAAGUUUAGCUAAACAUGCUGAAAAAGAUUACACGUCAAAUGAUGUUAAUAAAAUAUUAAAUGAUGGGGCUGAAUCGUCGGUUAAUCCUCAAAUUCGAAAAUCUAAAGAAAUGUUAAAACCAAAAUUGAAAAUUACUAAAAAGGAUACAGACAAAGGAGAAGGCAAAGUGUUUAACCAAAUGGAAUACAAUAAAGAAUAUUAUCAGAAAAAUAAAGAAAAAUUGAAUGAAAAUAUGCGAAAUUACCGAGAACAAAAUAAAGUAAAGAUAAUUGAGCAAAAGCGAAACUACAAAAGUAUAACGAAUAAAGAUAAAAAAAAUAAAUAUAAUAGUAUUUACUACCAAAAAAAUAAGGAAAGGAUACAAAAAAACAAAAAAAUUUAUUGCCAAAAAAAUAAAGAAAAGAUAAGGAAUCGCAAAAAAAUUUAUUACCAAAAUAACAAAGGAAAAUUGAAAGAAUACCAACGAAAAUAUAAACAAAGGAAGAAAAACAAUCAAUCUAAUAAUGAUGAAGGAACUUCAUUUGUUAAUCCACGGGCUGAAGAUUUUAGUAAUUUAGUUAAAUUAGCAAAUGUUUGUGAGGAAGAAUGGAAUCUUUUUAAUCAACGUGAGGAGGAGUACAAUAACGGAGAAGAAAAUCAAAUCGAAGUAGAAGACCCAAAUAAAAUGCAUGGUUGAUGUCAUAAGUAAAAUAAAUUUAAACGAGAGAAAUCUCUUUGAUUUGAACGAGAAACCGGAGGACGAAGAAUUG